GGGUUUCAAAAAUCCCAAUAUAAUUACUAUGUAUCUAUAAUAGCUUGUUUCAUUUCAGAUACAAAUAAACAAUGAUGGCCAGUUUCUUAAGGAAGAAGACAAGAAACACUAUUUUAGUCUAACGGAUCUGACGGAUUUUGAGCUUUUCCUUGAGGAGCGAUUAUUAAGCGACAGCUCAAAUUUGUUGCUAAUAUGCCAAAGAUUUAUCGAGAAAUCAUUGGCGUUCAAGGAAAAUACAAUGGCCUUCAAGUUAGCGACAGCAUUUCUUCUGCUUCGUCUCUUAAGAACAGGCGACAAUAACCAUUGGGACGAGAGUUCAAUCUUGCUGCUACAUUCCACCAUUGCAGAGCGAAAUGUCGGGAAAUCCUUUACCCUAGAUAUCCUUUCCAAGGCACAGGGUGUUAAUCGUAGACAGCAUUCUUUACUACCGGCUGGUGGAGAUAAAAAUAAAACAGGAACAUCCGUGGCAAUGAUUCGAAAAAUUUUGACACAAACUAAUGUAGUGGUCAUGUUAGUCGAUCCAAUAAUAACGCCAGGUAUGGAAGAGUUUCUCCUGCAAACAGGCAGUGGGCUCUUUGCAGGGUCGAUAGCAGGUGGAUUAGCAGCACCUGAAGGAAGUUUGCUUUUGACCUCUAACAACGAUGUUUUCAAUAGAGCCGAUGGGAGGAUCAUUGUGCUAAAAUACCGAAAAACGCCAUUUUCGGUAGAAGACAGGCAAAAGCUUAAAGCCGGCAUUGGAUCAAUAGCUGAAAUUCACACGGGGUUUCUACUAGCAUGGGUGAUCAGAAUGUUUCCUUUUUGGCAACAGCAAUUCCCGACAAUUUGCACCCUGGGGCCAGUUGUUCAAAGCUAG